AUGCUAGAUAUCACCGGCACGCCCGGCAAAAAAGCCCUCCUCCUCAUCUACGACAUCUUCGCCUUCUCUCCCUUACUCCUACAGGGAGCAGACAUUCUCGCCUCGACGGAGAGAUUGGCGAUUAUCCCGGGCGCGCCGUGUGCGAAUCCCGAGUGGUUCCUCCCCGGCAAUGAAGCGGGUCAGGAGGCGAGGGCGGCGUUUUUCGCGACCACGGCGAAUUCAGCCAAUAUCGUCCCCAGGAUUGCUCCUAUGCUAGCCGGGUUGGAGGAGAAGUAUCCCGCGGUAGACAGCGUGGGAAGCUCGUUGCGUCGUCGUUAUCUGGCUGAUGCGGACGCCGUGAUGGUGCCGAUGGCUGUGUUGGCGAGCGGCGAUGAAAAUGCGGACAUACUCGACGAGUAUAUCGCGAGACUGCCCCGAGGCAGUCAACUCACGAAAUUUCCCGAAAUGAUCCAUGGGUGGAUGAGUGCGAGGGGGAAGCUGGCCGAGCCGGAGGUGAAGCGUGGGUUCGAAGCAGGAUAUCAGAUUGUCCUCGACUUUCUCAAGGAGACUUCCUAGUUGUUGAGCCCGGGAAAAAGGCUGUCGAAUUCUUCCCAUAGCUCGUCUGUGAUAGUCAAACCCCAGUCAUUGUCGUUGUUGUUGUUCUUCUCUUCGACUUGUAAAACAUCUGUGAUGUCUGGAUCAGGAUCGGUCUGCUGCCCAUAGAUCGACCAAAGGGGCGCCCGUUUCCCCUGGGCCCGGUACACGAUCAAGAGACAGUCAUACACUAAUCCUGUCGCCAUGCGAGUCCUGGUAUAGAAGACAUGUCGGUGGAGAGUUUCGCAUCUGCUCGUUCGCCGCGCAGUGCGCGCACACCUGGUCCAGCAGGUUAGCCUCCCGAGCAGCGGCAUCGACGUCGAGCACCACGCAGCGCCGUAACGCAAACACGGCCAUCUGGAAUGACAGCUUGGUGGACUCGUAGUCGAUCUGCCCGGCAGCCACCAUGGACGAGUGCGC